AUGGCGGAUAUCAUUCGCUGCCCCUACAGUGAUAUGCCUAAGCAGUGGGACCGGUAUCUUGCUCCUGCUGAAUUCGCCUUCAACAACUCGGUUAACCGCUCUACCGAAAGUAACAAGCCCCAUGUCAAGUGGAUGGUUGUUGAGCUCGCCGAAUUGGCCGGCUCGACAGGGCGGCUUGCGGGGUUCGUUCUUGACACGUUCUGCACCACCAUGAUUGACUUGGCAGAUGAGUUUAGAGUGCCGUCAUAUGUCUUCUUCAUGUCAAGCGUCGCGUUCCUCGGCUUGAUGUUGCACCUCCAGUUGCCCCAAGACGAGAACCAUAUGGACAUGACCGAAUUCAAGGACCCGAUCGGUGAGCUGGAUUUCUCGAGUUUCACGAAUCCAUUACUAGCCAAGGUCUUACCCACCCUAGUUCUGAUGAAGGACGCAGUCGAAAUGUUCCUGGAGCACACCAAGAGGAUGAGAGCAACAAAGGCAAUCGUGGUAAAUACUUUCAAUGAGCUCGAUUCACAUGCAGUGAGGUCCUUGGCAGGCCUCUGGGCUCCCGCAGUGUACCCCGUGGGGCCCAUACUAAAUCUGAAAGGUGAGACUAAAAAGAAGGCUAAUAGUGGCCGCGGAGGCGACGACAUAAUGGAGUGGCUCGACAAGCAACGACCCUCAUUAGUGGUUUUCCUGUGCUUUGGGAGCAAGGGUAGCUUCGGUAACGAUCAAAUGAAGGAGAUGGUAUGCACACUAGAGUGGAAUGGGCACCGCUCCCUAUGGUCCCUACGGCUGCUGCCGCCGAACGGCAAAAAUUGGUACCUGCGCGACUACAAGGACUCCACAGAGGUCUUGCCUGAGGGGUUCCUAGACCAGACGUCUGGCAUCGGGAAAGUGAUUGGGUGGGCCACGCAAGCUGCGGUUCUGGCCCACCCAGCGAUCGGGGGGUUUGUGUCACACUGCGAAUGGCACUCUACCAUCAAGAGAAUAUGGUUCGGUGUGGCGAUGGCCACGUGGCCUUUGUACGCGGAGCAACAGUUCAACUCAUUCGAGCUGGUCGUGGAGCUGGGCCUCGCGGCGGAGAUCAGGAUGGACUACAGGAGGGAUCUUGGGAUGGAGAGCGACGUCGUGACGACGGACGAAAUAAAGGCCGGAAUAAGGAAGCUAAUGGAGGAGGCAGGUGACAAUAGGCGGAAGAAGGUGAGUGUGAAAAGUAGGAAGGCAUUGGUCAAGGGUGAGUCUUUCUACUUGUCUUUGGGUCGGUUAAUCGAUGACAUCUCGAAUAAUGCGCCAUGA